ACCCUCCACCUCACCCUUUUUUGCAAUCUACCUCUAACAAACUGCGCUUUUCAAACUGUAAAAGCGCAUCGUUUUGGUCCCUACGUACUCGGUACUAGUAGUAUAAUACUACAAUAGCCCCUUAAACCCUCCCAAAAGUGUUGUAAUAAUUGUAAGCAACAUUACCUUCCGCUCCUACUCACGCAUAUUACUACUACUUGUAUUUCUUACUCAAAAACACACACAAAAAUAGGCAUCUAUCUCACCAAUUGAAAUUGCGAGAUCAGUACCAUGAUAUCCGAAAAGAAAAUAGCAAACGCGAUGAGCGGAAAGACUGCGAGAGCGUGCGACUGUUGCAUACGGAAGCGAGCGCGAUGGUACUGCCCCGCCGAUGAUGCUUUCUUGUGCCAAACAUGUGAUGGUACUGUCCACUCUGCCAACUCCUUAGCUCGAAGGCACGAGCGAGUACGUCUAAAGACAGCUUCACUCAAGCGAGCAGUUGAGGAUCUUCAACGUCUCGAUUUGCCCUCUUGGCAUCGUGGGUUGACUCGGAAACCACGAACACCACGCCAAGGAAAGCAUCAAUCAAAAUCCCAAGAGCGAAACCCGCUCCAUGUAAUUGUUCCGGAGCUAGGGAUGGAGGAUACAACUUCGUCCCAAGACGAUGAGUCGGAGGAGCACCUUCUUUACCGGGUCCCCAUUUACGACCCGUUUCUAACUCAUCAUUUUGGUUCUUCACCGACGAUAGACGAUAUUAGACCGUUGGAGCUCGAAGAGGUAAACAACAUGUUUAGCAAUUCGAAACCAUCCCCAGAUGAUUACAUGCCUUCUGAUAUGGAUCUUGAGGAUUUUGCUGCUGAUGUUGAGACUUUAUUGGGGAAAGGCCUAGAUGAUGAGUUGUACGGGAUUCAAGAUCUUGGACUAUUGGAUUCUAGUCCUAGCAUUAUUAAUAUCAAUGACAAUGAUAUUUGCCUAAAUGUAAAAGAAGAAGAUGAAUUGUGUGACGAAGGAGGAAUGAUUCAGGCAGAUAGCAAUAAUGUAGUGAUCAGAGAGUCAUUCGAGCUGAAUUUCGACUACGACGAUCACGAUUUUGGGACCACAUGGGAAGAUGAACAAGAGCACAAAAGAAUCAUAAUGAUGGAGCCUUGUUCAAUAAUGGUAAAUGAAUCAUGUAAAAUAGAAGAAAAUGAUGAAACAGAGAAAAGUAAGAGAAGAAAUAUAUUAUUGAGGCUAGAUUAUGAGGCAAUAAGUGCCUCAUGGGCUAGUCAAGGUUCCCCAUGGUUGAACGGCCAACGCCCCGUGAUUAAUCCCGACGAUUGCUGGCCUCAAUGCAUGGGAACGUGUGCACUACAAGGAAGACACCAUCAACAACUAUAUGGAGAUCAUCAAAUGGGGGGAAAUGGAAGAAUGAUUGGAGAUGGAGGACGGGAAGCACGAGUAACGAGGUACAGAGAGAAGAGGAGGACAAGAUUAUUCUCCAAGAAAAUAAGGUAUGAAGUCAGGAAAUUGAAUGCAGAGAAGAGGCCAAGAAUGAAAGGGAGGUUUGUUAAGAGGUCUUCCUUUGCUGCGGCAUUUCCUAACUAGUACUAGUACACUGUCAUGUUUGGCUUUUUUUUUUAGGACUUUUGCACAAAUGCAAAUCUUGUAAUUUUGUUUACCUUAAAUUAUUUGCCCAUCUUUUUGUAUACUAUAGUAGUCGUUAGCUACUGUAACUCUGUAAUUAUGAGAGACACUCUUUGUAUUUUAUGAGUCUCAUAACAACUCAAUUAAAUUUGUGUUCGACCUCGAAUUCAAGUUCGAGGAGUAUCAUAUACGAAGUACGAAUUAAGUACAUUGUUGUUCUA